AUGGAGACACAGGCGAUCAUUCAGAGCAAGGGCAAGUCAAAGGGAGCUCCUUCGAGGGGAGGGAAGAAGGAAGCUGUUCCCAAGAGCCCCAAGGGAGGAGGCUCGUCGUCGAAGAAAGACCUGACGCCUCCUAAGAAGCAGGCCCCGAAGAGGGCAGGGAAGAGUAAGGGGUCCCCUGGCAGCAAGGAUGAUGGGAAGAACAAGAAGUCUUCGAGCUCUUCCAAGAAGAGAAAGGCGCCGGAGGAUGAGGAAGAAGAGGAAGAAGAGGACGAGGACGAGGAGGAUGGGGAAGAGGAGGGAGAGGAGAGCGAGGAAGAGGGAGAAGGGGAGGAGGAAGAGGAGGAGGAGGAGGAGGAGGAGGAGGAGGGGGAAGAGGAAGAGGAAGAGGAAGAGGAGGAGAAAAAAGUAUCAAACAACACCAAGAAGAAGGAAUCAAAAUCCGGCAAGCCCGGGAAAGAGAUAAGUCCUAACUCGCGAGGCUCAAAACCGCCAGCGAAGCAGAGCAAGAAGAAGGAAGGAGCGGAGAAAGCAGAAAAAAACAAGAAAGCCUCCAACGAUGCGGCGGAGAGUUCGAAAUCCAAAAAGAAAACUCAAACGGAGGAGAAAGGCGAUAAAGAAAAAGCGUCGAAACCUUCCAACAAGAAGAGGAGAACUAAGGCAACAGAUGACAAUGAAGAUCAAGAGUCGGGAAAGAAAUCCAGCAGCAACCAUGCGGCUGAUCUGCAGCAGCAAGUAGCGCUGCCUCAAGCUCCAGCUACUGCUGGAGGAAACCCUGUGGUGGGAGUGAACUCAGGAAACAAUCAAGAUGCAAGAGACCCGAGGAUGACAGCGCUGCUGGAGAUGCAACUGCAGAAGAGCAAGAAUGUGAUAGACAGACAUAAUCGUCGACUGGUGGUGGUGGUGGUGGAGAUGAUGAUGAUAGAGAUGGAGAUGGAGAUGAUGAUGGUGGAGAUGAUAAUGAUAAUGAUGAUGAUGAUGAUGGAGAUGAUGCAAGUGGAUGCAAAGAACGCAGCAGCCCCGCAGCCACAGAAUGCAGCUUCUGACGGGAAACAGGAGAAGCAGGAGAAGGCCAAGAAACAGAGCAAGGGUGCUUCUGCCAAGGGUGGAAGCAAGUCGGAUGAAUCGAAAGAAGGAAAGAGCAAAAAGUCAAAGUCAAAGAAGGCGAAGGAGGAAGAGCCCGCGACAUCGCAGCCACCAGCAGCUCUGCCGCCUCAAACUCCUCAAACGUCGCUGCCGCCUCAGCCGACUUUCUCCACGCCGAUGCAGCAGCUGUCCACUCCCAUGCCCACCAUGCAGACCAACUUGCAGCCAUCCAUGCAGACCCAGCAGCAGACGGUCGCGAGCAUCAACCAGCAGGCGGAACUGGCCAUUCAGAAUCUGCAGCAGCAGUUCUUCCAGGAGCAGCGCAAGCUGGACCACUCCUUGCAAACUUUGCAGUGCUCGUCACAGGAUUACCAGAAUCAUUCCCAGCAGCUCCAUCAGCAGUACUGCAUGCAGAUGAUUGUGAUGUUUGUUUUGCUUGAAAAGGCUAGUCUGACCUUCCCCCUCCCCUCCAACUCCUCCCCUGUAGAUGCUGCAGCAGCAGAUUCAACAGCAGACCUCAAUGGCGACGCAGCUUCCGGGCAACCAGAUGUCGAACAACUCUCUCUCGAUGUCAAGUGCAUUGCAAGGAGCUUCACAGGUGCUGUCACGUCAGUGCCGAUGUUGCAGCUGAUGGACAUGACGCUGGCCAUGAUUGAGAUGAUGAUGCAACAGGGCUACACACCGCAGCAGCAACAGCAUUACAUGCAGCAGCUCCAGAGCCAGCAAGCCCAAGAGACUCAGAUGUUGCAGCAGCAGAUGCAGGCGAUGCAGCAGCAGCAGAACCAGAUGUCUUAUCCACAGCAAUCAUCGUUCGCCAACAACCAGCUUCCGAUGUCAAGCCUCGCCAUGCAGCAGCCUGUGUCCACCUCCUUCACAGCUGCCCCGCAGCCCAGCGUGCAGCCUCAGCUGAUGUCACCUGCUCCCACCGCUCAACCCCAGCAGCAGCUCCAGCAGUCCCCCCAGCUGCAGUCGUACCCUCCGAUCAUGAACUCCCUCCAGCAGCCCCAGCAGAACCAGGUCGUCUCUUCCCCGUUCCAGCCCCAGCAGAACCAGCCCAACCCCUCCCAGCAGAACCAGCCCACCCCCUCCCAGCAGAGCUUCCAGCAGCAGCUCUUCUCUGCUGGGCCUCAGCUCGGGUCUCAGCCGCUGGGCUCCAACCUCCAGCUGCCCUCCAGCCAGACGAUGAGUGGCCAGCAGAGCUUCCAGCAGCAGCCGACCUCCAUAGCCCAGUCGGGGACACUACAGUCGGCCCCUCAGCAACAGGCUCAGGAUGCGAUGUCACAGCUGGAUCAAGCUCACUUCGAGCAGCAGCAAAUUCUUCUGGAGGACUUUGUCCAGCAGCAGCCGCAGCAGAACCAACAAUUGGCGAUGCAACAAUACCAACACCAGCGGGUCAUGCUCGUGCAUCAGCAUGAGCAGCAGAAGCAGCAGCUGCUGGCACAGCAGCGGCAACAGACGCAACAGCUGCAGUAUCACCUGUCGCAGAUGCAACAGGCGCAGAUGCUCCAAGACAGCAAACCCGCCGGAGCUUCGUCCUCUCAGCCUGCGCCUGCAGAGAAAGACGCCUCCUCCAAGGGCAAGGAGAAGAAACCCCGCAAGUCCAGGGCGAAGAAGGAGGGGGAUGCGGCAGCCAACGGGGAGGCUGGUGGGACGCCGGCCAAGGCCAAGAAACCGCGAGCAAAGAAGGCUGACAAGGGAGAGGGCAAGGAGUCCGAGGCUGCUCAGCAAGACAAGUCUACUCCCUCUGUGCUAGUUCCUCCUCCUCCUGCCUCCGCGCCGGAAGCAGAUCCUGCUGCCGCUACCGCUGCUGCGCUGCCAUCGAAGACGAGCGAGUCUCUAGCCCCCCAGUCGGGGGCUGCUGCUGCUACUCAACUUGCUGUCGCGCCCUCGGAUGCUUCCAAAGCCCCUCCAGCAGAUGUCACUGCCGGCCCCGGAGCUGCCGGACAGGAUGCAACAGGAGGCGAGAAGUCCCAGACGAUCACAAGUCAGGUACUGGAGGAUGAGAUGUGCGAGCAAGGGAGGGGAGGUGACGGAGGGAAGGGAGGGAGGGAGGGCGGGGGAGACAGCGGAGAGGAGGCAAUCUUAGUGGAUUGA